UAAAAUUCUAGAAUAAUGCCGUCCAUCUUGAAUCUUAACAAUAAAGAAUUGAAAACUUCGAACUUGAAGUAUCUGGCACGUGGCCCUAUCGAGACUGACAAUCAUUGCGUCUAUGAGAUACAGGACAUAAGUAAAAUUAAUUCUUCUACUUGUUAUUUUCAAUUACUUAAAAUAUCAAAUAAUUCUAAAGUGAAGGUGUAAAAUUAUUUAUUUUUAUUGUUAGUUCUUGAAUACGAGCGGAAAAAAAGUUUAUAAUUUAAAUUUAGCAGGCAGGUAGUAAAGAUAAGAUUCAACAUGGCGUCAGUAACUUAUGAUUGGGACAUUAGUAACGUUGUACUUCAACCCAACGCAUGGAUUUACUCGCCGACCAAAUUUACUCUAACGAGUAAAAAAGUUAUGUUUGAUUUAGGAUUACAAAUGGAUAUUAAUUCAAAGUCUCUUCACGUCGUGGUUAGAAAAAUUGAUUCGAGAUUGGCGAAGGCUACGGUUGAGAUUGAGUUAGUGAAGUUAGUAAGAAGAGUACUCUAUGGCUAUGGUGGUGGAUAUGAAAGCGAUGAAUCUCGAAAUGAAUUUUUAUCUAAUGAAUAUCCAUAUUUUAUUUUUGUGCCACAAAGCUGUGAUAUUCAAAGAAAAGUAACAAGUGGCUGGAUAGAGUUUUGUAGAUUUGAUGCUUUCACAAACCUACGUUGUAAAAAUAGUAGAUAUGCUACUAUAAAAGACGAGUGUCGCAUCAAAUAUACGACUAUUCGUUGUAAAAUUACUGGUUUUAGUUUUAAUUCCGAAGAACCUACUGAAAUAAACCUUCUACACUGCCCGAAAUCUUGUGUGCAGCAGAACUUCCAUCAAUUUCUCAAAGCAGAUCUAUUCAGUGAUGUCGUUCUAGUGGUCGACGAUCAAGCAUUACCUGCCCAUAAAAUAGUUUUAUCAACACACAGUCCAUUUUUUCAUAAAAUGUUGACUACAGAUAUGAAAGAAAGUAAAGAUAAUCGUAUUGAUAUUAAAAAUUUCUCAGCUGAUGUAAUUACUGAAAUGUUGGAAUACUUUUACACCAACAAAACAAAGGCCAGUAACAAUUUUACUAUUGCUUUGAAACUUAUUGAAGUGGCAGAAAUGUAUCAAAUCAUCCGAUUAAAAGAAAUUUGUGAAGCCACUCUUUCAAAAAAUAUCAAUAUGGAUAAUGUGUUGUCUAUUUUAUGUGUAGCUGACGAUUACAAUGUUACUAACCUCCGAGAACAGGUGAUAGACUUUAUGUUAAAAAAUAGAAAAAGUGUCGUUGUGCUACCCAACUUUAAAGAUUUGUUCCAGAGCAAGCCUUUAUUGAUGCACGAAUUCACGUGUGCUAUGGGGAAAAAAUUCUAAUUAUUGUUCAUUUUCAAAACAUUUUAUAAAAUAUAUUAAUCUAUACCCCUGCUUACAAAAUUCCAUAGAUUCUUAUAGCUGUAUGUAUAAAGUCCUAUACUUACCCUGAUUAAAAAAGUGAAUUGAAAAGUAUUGAAAAAGAUGAGAAAUGAAUCCUUUCGAAUACUUUCUAUACCCCAAGGUUUUCAUUUUGACAUAAAAUGAAUACUUUUCAAUCCCAAAAUAAUAAACGAAUUUCUGAACUUCCGAGGAAUUGAGAAAAAUUCAAAUGAAUUGAUAUUUUGAAUCUUUCUGAAUCCUUCUCAAUUCUCAAUUCUUUUCAAUACUUUCGAAUUCCACUUUGGAAUUGGAAAGUAUUCAAACGAUCGAAAUUUCAAUUCCAUUCAAUACUUUCCAAAACCGCCGAGGGAUUGAAAAGAAUUGAAAUAAUUUUCAAUACUUUUCAAUUCACUUUUUUAAUCAGGGUAACUACAGCACUUCUCAUAGAACUCAUUCGUUCUUAUAAAAUCUCUAUAGGAAUUUAUGAGAAUCUAUUGGAUUCUAUGAGAUUUUCUAAACACGGACGUUUUUUACUUCAUCUAUUAUCCAUACUUCUAGGAAAAUAUUUUAAGCAUAGUCGAUAAAAAUUUUUGAUAAAACUUAUUUUUGUAUCUAUUCAUAGAAAUACAUUUUUCUAUAAAUGAAUAUUUUUGUCUACGACAAUUAUUUAAAAAAAAAGAAAUCAUUUUAUUUAUUAAUUCGCAAUCUACAUGCAUUGAGUCCAGGAAUUAUUUCUUAAAUGUCUAGGCUGUUUACUUUGUAACGAAUUCAUUAAGAAAAAAAAUUAAGGAGAUAACCAGGAUAUCGAUUAAAGUUCCAGUAAUUUUUCGACCCUACAAUGAAUAUUCAAACUUCGCCAACAAUCGGAAUUCAUCGGAAGCUUCCGUCAACUGUCAGCUGAGAAAUUGAUAAAUCUGGGAAAGAUAAAUAUCAAUAUUUAUUAAUUAAUGUUACGUAUAAGUAAAAAAUGAUAGUUCUGAAAUAAAUAUAAACAUAUAUAUAUAUAUAUUUACAAUUGAUUUUCACAUGUCUCAUAAUGUGUCAGUAAUCAGUAACUCGUGUAGUGACGGCGAUAACGUUUUUAAUUUUUUAUUCGUUUCUAUUCAUCAUUCAACAUUAAUUUACACUAGUAUAAGUUUUGCCAAUUAUUUGUCAUAACCAAACAAUUUUCAAACACAAAAGAAAAAAACUCAGAUUAUUGAUAAUUCAAAUAAUUUAAAAAUUUGAAUGAAACCAUUAAAAAUGGCCGACAAUCACCAUUCAAUAAGUUCAGUAUUUUUCGACUGGAACCUUCGUAAUCUGUCAUUUCUACCAAAUACUUGGAUUUACUCAAAUGAAUUCAAGAUGUUUGGAAUAAAUAACGUCACGUUCAAAUUAAGGCUCAGAUUAAUUGAUACCAACACAAUCCAAUUCCAUGCUAUGAAAGAUAAUCAUAAAUUAGCAAAAGCUGAUGUAAAAAUAUCAAUUGAUACCAAAGAUGUAGAAGUUAAAGUCGAUGGAUGGAAAGAAAUUUGCGAUCUUGAUUGGACUGUUGAUUUAAUAGGAAAUUUUUCUAAAACUAUUGCUGGUGGUUAUUCCAUUGGCGCAGUUGUUUCUUGCAGAAUUAUUUGGUAUGGAUUCGUAAAGUAUUUGCCUGAAAAAAAUUUCCUCCAGAGCCUGAGGCAGUUCCACACAAGUAAAUCAUUCAGUGACGUCGUACUGAUAAUUGGCGAUGAAGAAUUACCGUCUCACAAAAUAAUUCUGUCGGCGCACAGUCCAGUUCUCCACGCGAUGCUCACGACAGACAUGAAAGAAGGAAGAGAAAAUCGAAUUGAAAUAAAAAACUUCACAGCUGACAUCAUCGCUGAGAUGCUGGAGUAUUUUUACUCUGGCGAAUCAGAAGCCAGUAGAGAUGUCGGCGCUGCUCUGAGAAUACUCGAGGUUGCUGAUAUGUAUCAAGUUCAGAACCUGAAGAAUAUUUGCGAAGAAACCUUGCGGAAGAAUAUUAAUUUCAAUACCGUCCUGUGUAUUAUUGAUGCUGCUGAUGAUUACGAUCUCCCGGAGUUGCGGAAGCUAUCAAUGGAUUUUAUACUUGAAAAUAGAAAGCGCGUCGUUGAAUUCAAGGAGUUCAAAACUUUGUUUUAUAAAAAGCCGCAGUUGAUGUUCGAGUUUACUUAUGCCAGCGCUCAAAAAAAUUGAGACAUUUUUUUUUUACAUCAGUAUAAAAAGAUUUUAUGAUCCUGAAGUUAGCAGACGUUUAAAAAUUUUUGAAUUUUUAUUUUUCAACAAAUCAAUUGCACAAAAAUAAAAUAAAAAUGUGCACAUGUAGAAAAUUUAAAAAACUAAAGGUGUAAUUUUUUCAAAUAUUUUUUUUUUAUGGUUUAUCGUCUAAAAAAAAGAUCCAAAAAUUAUUAGAUGUCUGCU